UCUCCUUUGCAGGUACAUGUAUACACUGUGCCCGUUCAAUACAGUCUCACAAAAGAGCACAUCAGGAACAGAGGUCUCAUUAGGAACAUGGGGGAUGUGGGCAGGACCGCCAAAGAACCACUACAGUCAGAUGGUGUAUGAGAACGGGGAACCGUGCUGGGAAGGAGGUUCUCGCACAACUACUGUCACGCUGACAUGUGGAACGGAGACAGCCCUGCGAUUGGUGAAGGAGCCCAGCAAAUGCCAGUACAUCAUGGACUUUGAGACUCCUGUGGCCUGUCAGCCGCUGCUAAAGCAGAGGGGCGUUCACAGCGAACUGUGACCUCCUCUUCCCUUAGCCGCCUUAGCCUGGAAUAACUUGGAACCGCGGCCUUUGUCGCCUUGCCCCUAGUGACAGACUGAGGUCCUGAGGGUCCCCUCUGACAUCUGUGUUGUCAGAACGUAUAUACUUCUAAGCAAGUUUGACUAAGGUCAGAAAGUAUUUUUCUGUAAUGAUGUUCCAUGAACACUUUCCGUAGUUUGCAUAGACUGUUACUUAAUUUCCAUUCUGUUUCCAUAUAGCAUUUAUUGACCAAUUAUCAGAAUGGAAAAAUGAGUACACUUGCUUAGUCUUCAGUAUUGCAGCAAUAUUACAGUGUAAAAAAUAAUAAAAUGAUCCUAGAUAGAGUAUUAGAUAAGAGGAUUUGACAAUACUGUUGCAAUAUAUUCCAAACUGGAUGCUUUAAAUGACAAGUUUAUCGUUCUACUUGUAUGUGGUGUCCACUUUAUGAAACCUCAUUUAAAAUCAGAAGAAUAUAUCUUGAAAUAUAUAUGUAUAGAAUAGUUAUAUUUAGAAAAAACACCAAAGACCUAAA